CUUCCCUUUUCCAUUCCCCUUUCUUCGAUCGUAGAGGAAAUCGGAGGCCAACAAUGGCGGCAGUAGCGCGGUUGUCGAGACGAUUGUUGCCGAGGACGCUAACGGCGGCUAUUCCUCGCCGGCGUUUGUCUGCUGAAGCAGCGGUAACUGUGGAAAAACCUACCGCACAAGCUCCGAUCAUCAAGGAAUCGCCGGAUCGAGUGAAAUGGGACUACAGAGGCCAGAGGAAGCUCAUUCCGCUAGGUCAGUGGGCGCCGAAGAUCGCCGUGGAUGCUUACGUGGCGCCGAAUGUGGUUUUGGCCGGCCAAGUGGUGGUCUACGACGGCGCCUCCGUCUGGAGCGGCGCCGUCUUACGUGGUGACCUGAAUAAGAUCUCCGUCGGAUUUUGCUCCAACGUGCAGGAGCGCUGUGUCAUUCACGCCGCGUGGUCGUCUCCUACAGGGCUGCCGGCAGAAACUCUAAUUGACAGGUACGUCACGGUGGGGGCGUAUAGUCUCCUGCGAUCCUGCGUAGUCGAGCCCGAGUGCAUCAUCGGGCAGCACUCCAUCCUAAUGGAGGGCUCAUUGGUCGAAACACAUUCCAUCCUCGAAGCCGGCUCCGUGGUUCCUCCGGGAAGGAGAAUACCGAGCGGCGAGCUCUGGGCUGGAAAUCCUGCCAAGUUUGUGAGGAAAUUAACUCACGAGGAGACCUUAGAGAUCCCAAAGCUCGCAGUUGCAAUCAAUGACCUGUGCAGAAGCCACUUCACUGAGUUUCUACCUUACUCGACUGUCUACUUGGAAGUCGAGAAGCUGAAAUCCUCCCUGGGAAUUUCGAUCUGAAGUUAUGCCGUGUGAGGGAUGAAUGCGACUCGACUCGCAAUGCUUUUUUUUUUUUUUUUUUUCUUCUACCCGCCCCGGAAAGAAAUAAGCCCACAUGAAAAGCAACGAGAACUCCCAUGCCGGGUCGUUUUUUGUCGAAUGCUACGGGUAUUUUAAUCUUAAAUUUGUCAUGUUGUGUUUGGUUCUUGGCUUUGUAAUAGAGGGACAGAAAGAGAGGUUUGGGAUGAAGUUUGUUGAAUUCUUGUUGCAUAUGAAUUAUUAUGAUAAUUGAUUGGGGUUUGUUACCUAA